UAAACAGUUUGUGGUUUAAAUUACUAUUAAUUGGGCAACUAAAACGCUAGGUGAAACGGCAAAUCGAGUGCAGCUCAGUACAAUUUCAACGCGCGGGGACCAGCAACAGCCUCAAAAUUGGUAAAGUGGACGGCAACACGAUGGGCAGCUCCGACGAUCGCGUCUACGCUGCCGAAAAAAUCAUCCAGAAGCGCGUUAGAAAGGGUGUUGUGGAGUACCGUGUCAAGUGGAAGGGCUGGAACCAACGCUACAACACCUGGGAGCCAGAGGUUAAUAUCCUGGAUCGUCGUCUAAUCGACAUCUACGAGCAGAGCAACAAAUCCUCCGGCACACCCUCCAAGCGGGCCGCUGCGCUCAAGAAGAAAGAAAAGGAACCGGAUCCGGAGCCCGAAUCCGAGGAGGAUGAGUACACAUUCACCGGCGAUGAUGUGCCCGAUAACAAUCAGCAGGCAAGUACAUCGACUGCGGCCACAAUUGGCGAUGGUGGCGUUGACAAGAAGGACAAGGAUAAGAAGCAUCAUCAUCACCAUCACCACCAUCAUCACCAUCAGCAGCAGCAGCAGCACACCGCCAACAACAACAACAGCAACCAAAGUAUCAAAUCGGAACGGAUUAGUAAUCGUCGCUCCGAGUCGCCGCUGACCCAUCACCAUCAUCAUCACCAGGAGUUGAAGCGAUUGCGCAUGGAUCGCAGCUCCUCAUCGAACAGCAGCUCAACGCACAAUGAGAAUUCCUUCGUGCCGGAGGCGGACACCAAUUCAUCCAGCUCCGAGGAUCAACCACUGAUGGGCACAAAGCGCAAGGCGGAGGUGCUUAAGGAGUCGGGUAAAAUUGGUGUCACCAUUAAAACGUCACCGGAUGGACCCACUACAACCAAGCCGCAGCAACCGAUGCAGGAGCAGCAACCGAAUGCCGCAGAAUCGGCCACGCAGCCGCACAAGACAGAGUUGCAGAGCGCUGAGCCAGAGGCAGGCGAGGCAACAACAUCGACACCCGUCUACGCCGACCACGAGGACGAUGAGGAUUCGUCUGCGGCGCCAGCUGCGACGGCGUCGGCGCCGGCGCCUCCCACAGAGAACAAUAACAUACCAAAAUUGAGUGGCGCCUUGGCGUUGAGCCAAAAGCAACCGUUGACGCCGCUGUCGCCGCGUGCGUUGCCGCCACGCUUCUGGUUGCCGGCCAAGUGCAACAUCUCGAAUCGUGUGGUCAUCACGGAUGUCACCGUCAAUCUGGAGACGGUCACCAUUCGGGAGUGCAAAACGGAGCGUGGAUUUUUUCGUGAACGCGACAUGAAGGGCGACUCAUCGCCGGUGGCUUAGCCCACGUUCAUUGCUCCGAAUCCAAUUGUAAAUAGUCUUCUAAACAAAAGAAGAAAAUCCAAUGCUAAAUGUUGCAAAGCAUUUCCCUUUAAGAAAUAACUUAUUUAUUGUAUUUAUUGAUAGCGUAGAAACUAGUUUUGUUGUCCUUAUUACAAUGUUUAAAAUGAGAGUAGUGGCGGCAACAGCUGUUGGGCAGCAUCAAAAGUUGACAUCAUCCAUCUCAUCCAACUUGAUGAGCUUUUGUGCCUGCCCAACUGACGACUGUCGGCGCACAUUACAUACUAGUUGUAUGUCGUGUAGUUUAGCAGAGUAUAUAUGUAUAUAUAUAUACACAUAUAUAUAUAUAUAGCAUAU